AUAAAAGUAUAUAAUUUAUUCUUAAAUACUUUAUACUUUCUAUUUAAUAGACGACUGACAUUUGAAAAAGUAACUUUUUAAUAUAUUUGAGUAAAAAAACAAAAUAAGGCGAUAAAAUAUUACAACAGCGAGAAAGGAUCGAGUGAAAGUAACAAUUCGCUAAAGCGGAUUGAGACUUUGCCAAUGAAUGGUGGGAUUCCAGUGACAUUUGACUUACUCGCAAGAGAUCGGUUAUUGCAGUUUCUUUCGUGCACCUCUCUGAGGAGGACCAACGAAAUCAAGUGAAAGCAAGUUUUAGGAUAUUUCAUUCCGAUUUAAAACUAAUUAAAAAGUAAGCGUCUAAUCAAUGACGAUCAUUCUAAAUCGGUAAAGUUAAGCCACAAGGAUCUUCCAAAGAUGAGUUGGUUUAGGAAUCUUAUAUUUACGAUAUCAACAAUUGCCCUUUCUUCGGUACCCGUUUCCGGUUUUCCUGAUGGUGCACCAGUAGAUGCAUGUGUCAAACCACGACCGAAUCAACCCUAUCACGGGGAUGCACGUAGUCAACCCUUGAAUAAAAACCCUUAUACGUUAGUAGCCUCGUCAUCUGAAUACAUUCCAGGAUCGCAAAUUACCGUAACUAUUAGUGGUUCAUCUUUCAAAGGAUUUUUCUUACAAGCACGCGAUUCUAAUACCAAUAGCUGGAUUGGUUCUUGGGCACAAACUCCAAAUACAAACACCCAUCCUGAAUGCAGUGCUGUAACGCAUGCAGAUCCACGUGAAAAACAACAGGCUACUCUUAUUUGGAAUGCACCACCAAAUACUCGAGGCCAGGUUUAUUUUACUGGUACUGUUUUAAAAGAAUACGCGAUAUUUUGGUCGGAUUUGGUUGCACGUGUGGUCCAAUGAAAAAAAAAAGGGAAAAAUUCAAUGCAAGUAUAAUAUAUGAUUUAACACGUAGUAAUACUCGUAUUUUGAUAAUUUCGGAAAGCAAAAUGUCGUUUAUGGUGAUAUUGUAUAAUAACGUCUAUGGUGAUAUUGUAUCGAUGCAAAAUAAUCGAUAUUAGAAUCAAUUAAUAUUUAUCGAAGUAUUCUACACUUUUAUUCAAUUUUUUAAUUCUACUUUUUUAUUCAAUUCUUUAAUAAACUAAUGAUUUUAAUAAAAAGAACUAUUAAAAUGAUUAUCGAUAGUAAGUAUAUCAUCGUUUCAGAACAAAGUUACAUAAGAACCAUUAAAUUCUUUCUAAGACACGCAGUAUUGAUAAACGAUGCAGAUAUAUUAUCUUUCAGCAGACGAUGUUGCGUAAAAAUUGAUCGAUCAAAUGCCAAAGAUAAUUAAAUGAACUCUCAUGGGUAACUUAUUAAUGAAAUAUUGUUUCUGGUGAUUCAACGUCAACGAGAUCUAAUGUGAUCUUUGUUAGAAAAAAGUCGAAGACUAGUCAAGAAGGUUUUUGCUUUGGUUUCGUUAAAAACGACUAAAAAAGAUAUAUAUGUAUGUUUGUGUGUGUAUGUCUAUAAAGAUAAAAUAGCCUGGAGAUACGACUACGAUGUAUGGCAAAGGUAUUCGACUCGAUUAAAAUUGCACAACGAUCGAUCGAGGAAGGUGAUUUUAGCUUGAUUCCUUUCGCCAUUAACGCACAAACUCGUUGGACUUCAUGCUGUGAAAUAGAUUGGCAAUAUGAACUUAUUGUUAGUUGCUCGUCGAAAAGGGUUUCACUGUUCGAUUCUCGUUAAUGGAAGGAUCGAGGAGGUUGCGUAUUGCGUAAGAUCUCAGCGGUAAGUAAAAGUGUGUCCUACUUCAGAUAAAGAGAAAGAGAAGGAGAGAGAGAGAGAGAGAGAGAGAGAGAGAGAGAGAGAGAAAGAGAAAGAGAGGAAAAGAGAAUUAUGACGUUAAAAACUAGUUGUUCCUUCUACGCAACAACGAAUUCUCAAAAAAGUUUCCCCGUUUUCGUAAUAUGAAACAACAUUCCUCCGCUCGAUUUAUUCGGUUCUUCGGAAAGUAAUUUCGUUUUUUCCCAACAGAAGAAUUAGUUGUAUUUUUAAGCAGCUAACUUCAAACAAGGAAGAAGUUAUAUGGCGUGUAUGGAAAUGCCUUAAUAAAACGCCAGUUCCAGAACUGGUUUGCAAAAUUUCAUUUCGGCAAUUUUGAUAUUGAAAAUGCACCAUAUUCUGGAAGGCCAAUUGAAACUGACAAAAUAAAACAAAUCGACAAAUAAUAAUACGAGAAAUCUCUACAAGAUUAAAUUUAUCGAAUUCGAACGUUUAUGAUCACGUGAAAUGACUUGGUUUCCUUUCGAAGCUCGAUAUAUGGGUUUUACAUAUCCUUAAAAAAGUGAUUUGCUCGUAUUAACAUCUGUGAAUUGCUUCUCAAGCGUCAAGAAAAUGAUCCAUUUCUAAAGUGAAUCAUAAUUGGAGCAGAAGAAAUGAGCUCGCUCAAAGCACUUCGAAAACCGGUACUCAUAAAAAAAGUGAUGUUUUCUGUUUGGUAAGAUACUAAGCGAAUUGUUUUAUUUAAACUUCUAUCUAAUAAUUCCACAAUUAAUUCGGAAAUGUACUACCAUCGACUGGAAAAGUUUCAUUAAAAAUCAUUGAAUGAUUUCAUUAAACAAAAUAUGUCAGAAUUAAUUAACAGAAAAGGUAUAGUGUUUCAUCACGAUAAUGCCUGACCGCACAAAAGUUUGGUAACCCGUCAUAAGUUAUAGUUUGGAUGGGAUGUGCUACCACAUCCACAAUAUUCGCUAGAUCUGGGCAUCCUCGAAUUAUUACUUAUUUCAGUUUUUAAAAAAUUUCUUAAAUGUUAAAACAUUCACUUCAAAUGAGAAUGUCAAAAAUUACUUUGAUUAGUUUUUUGUAAGUAAAGAUCAAAAGUAUUAUGAGCGUGGAAAUAUGUUACUAUUGCUAGAAAAAUGGAAAAAGGUAUUGGAUCAAAAUGGUCAAUAUACAAUUCAAUAAAAUAUUUAUAUAUUAUAAAAGAAUUAUUUUUCAUUUUCACGAAAAAAAAAAAAAACGAAAUUACUUUCCGAAUAAUCCAAUAGAUUGCUACGACGAGUCACAACAUUUUCUCACAGGCACUACCUAUUGUAAGUUGAAUCAUUAGAUUAUAAUCGAUCGUUGGGAAGAUCAAUGUUCAAUAAUACCUUUAACUGUAGAUAAUUCAUUUUCUUUUUCACGAUGCACAUCGAAUUUUGCAUAGAUAGCGUAUCCAUACUUGAAAUAAGAGUUAACAAUCGAGAGCACGAUUUUUCCAUGCAUGAGGACAUCAAUUAUUACUAUAGUAGAAAAAUAGGGUAGAAGAAUAAUUUUCUACGAGUACUAAAAGUGGAUAAGAGCGAAUGGCCAAGAUUUUAGACAAGCUAAGAGCGCGCGCAUCCACGAAAAGAAAGAAAGAAAGAAAAAAAGAAAAGAGAGAGAUAAAAAGACUAAAU